GGGGUGAGGACUGGCUGUGCUGGGUGGAGAUUAUAACAGAACAUGGCCAAGAUGUUCAAAUGUUCAUGGAUGACCAGCAGGGUCAAAUAAUCACAGUGGUUGUCGAGGGUGCAACGGGUCAGAACCUCAGGAGUAAAGGGAAAUAUGGGAAAUAUGGCGAAGCGGAAGUGCUGUUCGAGUCUUAUGGCUCCCAGUUGAGUAAAGUUGGUAAGAAUGAAUGGAAGACGGAGACAACGAAAAAUGGAGCAAACCGACCAAAAGUUGUAAACAAACAUUGGUUUCUUUUGGAGCGCGAUUCAUCAACAAUUGUGUAUUUUGGCAGAUAAUUUGAGGUCAGGAAGAUGGUAAAGGAGGCAUUAGGAAAGGUAGUCAGUCAGAGUGACCAGUAUUGGUUUUGCUUUGAUUUCACUCAGUCUCAGAAGAGCAGAAGGAGAGAGCGUUGUGUUUUUCGGAGCAGGGCACUGAUAAAAUGUGUUAUAUCUGGAGUUUCGUUGGAAGAGUGAAGAGUGUCUGGCUACUCAUGUGAAUCUGCGAUAUGUACGAUACGCAGUGUGAGGUAUUGUGAAUAAACCACUGCAGUUAUGACAUUGAUAAAAUAAUGUCCAUGUUUCAAGUGUGUGACGACGGAAUCUUUUAGGUAUUUAUUAGGAUCCCCAUUAGCCGCUGCAAAAGUAUCAGAAUUGUUCACUUCUCUCAUUGACUUCUCAAACCACGGCUCGGUCUGCUUCACAGGCGUUCUCUGAAGUCUCGCGUUGUUACGUCUCUGGGUUUAGAAACUGGUAAUGGGGAGAACAGGAAGUUCCGCGCAUGCGCGCAUCAUUCUUCAGAAUAAAGGAUACGUCAGAAUUGUGCAGUCGAGACGACAACUUCUGUGACCGUUUCAAAUGUAUUACUACUGAUUAAGUCUGAGGCCGGUAACAUCAACAGUCAGGACAAACCCAGCCUGCCUGUCUCCUUCCACACUGAGUCCAAACCUACAGUCACUGGGUCCUGAUUGUGACAGUGGAGCCCAGUUUGCACUGCAGGAUCCAGAGAUGGCAUCAGUGAAGCUGGAAGACUGCAGUCAAACACUGGAGCUGAGUGUCAACAUUAAAGAUGAAGAAGAGGAGGAGAAUAUUGGGAAAUCUGUUAAUCAUGGAGAACAUGUUGAGACAUUCUCUACAUCCAGAGAGCAACAGCAGGAAGAUCACAGAACGAAGAGGUCUCACCACUGCCCACAUUGUGGGGAGAUUUUCCCAAUUCUAUCAAAACUAGAAAUGCACCUAAAAAUACACACAGGAGAUAAUCUGUAUUCCUGUACUGACUGUGGAAACAGCUUCAAAACAUCAAGGUCUCUGACAGUUCAUCAGAGAACACACACAGGAGAGACGCCUUAUUCCUGCUCCGAAUGUGGAAAAAGUUUCUCUCAACAGAGCAAUUUAAAAACACACCAACGUAUACAUAAAGGAGAGAAGCCUUACUCCUGCUCUGACUGUGGGGUCAGUUUCUCCGGAUUGGAUACCUUAAAAACACACAAACGUAUACAUACAGGAGAGAAGCCAUAUUCAUGCUCUGACUGCGGGAAGACAUUUUCUCAACUGGUCCAUUUAAAUGCACACCAACGUGUACAUACAGGAGAGAAGCCUUACUCCUGCUCUGACUGUGGAAAGAGUUUCUCUCAACAGAGCAGCUUAAAAUCACACUACCGUAUACAUACAGGAGAGAAGCCUUACUCCUGCUCUGACUGUGGGAAGUGCUUCACAACAUCAUCUGCAAUAAAUGUUCAUCAGAGAACACACACAGGAGAGAAGCCUUACUUCUGCUCUGACUGUGGAAGGAGUUUUUCCCGAUUGAAUACCUUAAACUGUCACCAGCUAAUACAUACGGGACAGAAGCCUUACUUCUGCUCUGACUGUGGGAAGAAUUUCUCUCUACAGAGCAGCUUAAAAUCACACCAACCUAUACAUACAGGAGAGAAGCCUUACACUUGCUCUGACUGUGGAAAGAGUUUCUCUCGACGGGGCAGCUUAAAAUCACACCAACGGAUACACACGAGAGAAGCCUUACUCCUGUGCUGACUGCAGGAAAUGCUUCAAAACAUUAGCUGAGCUGAAAGUUCAUCAGAUAACACACACAGGAGAGAAGCCUUACUCCUACUAUGACUGGAAAGAGUUUCUCUUGACAGGGCAAGUUAAAAUCACACCAAUGGAUACACAC